AUGGCUACCGAUGCUCUCUCUCGCACUGACAAAUCCAAACGCCGUCCCGUCACUCCUCAUCUUCCUCAUCUCAAGCCUUUGAGCUCCCGCGGCCAGUUCCAGUCCGGACAGCCUGAAGCGGGUGUGCCACGGCGCUGGGCUGGGCGAGAGAUGGCGAAGAAUUUCUUCGGCCAUGCACCCAUGCAGCAGUUUCUUUCGAUUGCUUUUCCAAGUGUCGCUUACGUGGCUCCGGAUGAGGAUGACCUGAACCGCUACAAGACACUGCUCCGCGCGAUCCCUGCUGGACUCAAUAUCCUGGAGCGUGAUAUGUAUGGCCCAUUAGUUACUGCCGUUACCGAUAUUGCCGCGGAUGUGAGCCACCAGCUUCGCAUAGACAACUCCUCGUCGAAGAGGGGCGAGGUAUGGCCCGGUGGACCUACCUUGACUCCAGACGUAACGAUACACACCCUUGAUACAAUGGAAAAGAGUUGGGCUCACGGUAUCAGCUUCCUGGAGGUGAAGCGGACCACGAAAGAAGAUCCUCUCUCUCUCAGCGAAGACUCUCAGUCUAUAAGCCUCCACAACGCUCUGAACGACUAUGGAAAAGGCGGGCUAGAUACCACUGCAUGUCGUCCUUUCCGCCCCGAUGCCAAGGCUAGGAGACUCGUGCGCGAUGGCUACAACAAAGCUCUGAAAACGCGUAUUAUGGAAGAAUACAAGCCUCUUACUCCGGGCAAGGACUAUGUGGACGAAGACUGUCAGUUGACACAUCAAAACUUCCUAUCCGCGAUCGACAAGGCUCUGGGAGAGGGUGAAUGGCCUCAGGAAGAUAAAGCUCAGGUCUUUACACCCGCAGGUAGACCGAAGAACGAGGACAACAAGGAGAUUAGCCGCAUGCUUUCCUCAAAUAUUUCCCAAGUGCUGUCGCCGCUCCCUUUUGCAGACAGCAAUCUCGGUAGUCCCCCGUCUAAUCGGUCUCCUAGGGCAGGUGAGAUAGGAUCGGCUGCAAAUCACUUGGAGACGCGAUCGCAUGCUCCGGUGCAAGUCCUGUCCGAGUCUUCGACUGGACCUGGGAUGGCCGCUGACCCUAGGAGCUCCUGCCCGGCGCCCUCCCAAUCCGGCAAUGCGACUAUUCCGCCUACGCGUGGUGGACCUGAGGAGCCGGCCGCUGCGAGCUCCUCCAAAAUGCGAUCCAAGUCUGGCGACGUACUGUCGCGACCCAUGUCCGAGCCUUCGGCUACGUCUGGGAGGCCUUCCGCGGCCGGCGGCUCGCAAGCCUCAUCUCAGCCUGGCAAUACACUGCUCCCCAUGUCUUCUAGUGCUCAGAGUAAGCUGUCGACAGUAUACUCGUCGGCGACGCGAUCUCGAUCUGACGCGCUACUCUCCGUUGCGUUGAGGAACUCGGAAUCCCGACGCAACUUGCCGUCCAGGUCGACGGCCCUUGUCGCACCGGAAGCUGCCCAGGUAGGAGCGGAACCAAGGUCCCCGCUUGUAGCGGCUGGUGACGUUCCGUUGCUGUCCGGAGUUCCUCAGCCCGCCCACUCAUCUCCGCCUCGCGUGAGUGGAAGUUCUCAGAGCGUCUGGAGAAGGAGUGAAAGAACAAGCGAUGCCCCGCUCGACACUUCCAGCAAAGUCCUCCGCUCUCGAGAGGGGCUCGCCGGUUCCUCCAGCGGGGCUGGUGGCACGAGAUCAGUCCAUUCCAGCAGAAGCCAGGGAGGUGCUUCAAGUUUGAAGAGGAGAGGAGAACAAUCGUCCGGAUCUGCGAAGCCCAGUUGGAAGUAG